CGUCCCUCUGCAAACCGCCGCCGCCGAGAACCCCGUCGCGAAACCCCAAGAUCACCGCCAUGAAUCGCACCAAAAAAACCUCACCGAAACCCCAAGACCACCACCACCAGCGGAUCACCGUCCUCAAAUCGGCACUUCUCUCGAGGCUCCUCCUUCUGACCUUAAUCCUCAUAUGGCGGAGCCUCCUCAGCCCCUAUGACACCUCCGCGCCGCUCAACCCCAACUGCCUUUCCAACACCACCUCGCCGCCGCCUCAAGAGCAGCGCCUUCUUUGGCCUUCCUUGGCGUCCGCAAUCGAGUCCAGCAUCGUCUGGGACAGCGUCUACUUCGUCCGGAUCGCGCAGUGCGGCUACGAGUACGAGCAGUCCUACGCCUUCCUGCCUCUGCUUCCCCUUUGCAUCUCCUUCUUCUCGCGAACAGUUUUUGCUCCAUUGGUUCCAGUUAUAGGGCAAAGAGCUGUUUUGGGACUAUCCGGUUAUGUGAUCAACAACAUUGCCUUUGUCUUUGCAGCGGUUUACUUUUAUCAGCUUUCAGUUGCCAUUUUGAAGGACCGGGAUGCGGCAUUUAGAGCUUCAAUCUUGUUUUGCUUCAAUCCAGCUUCCAUAUUUUAUUCCUCAAUAUAUUCGGAGAGUUUGUAUGCUCUAUUUUCAAUUGGAGGAUUGUAUCACUUGAGAUCUGGGAGAAAUAAUAUUGCCGUUCUUUGGUUUGCUCUUUCUGGAUUUGCAAGGUCCAAUGGAGUGAUCAAUGCAGGUUACAUCUGUUUCCAAACUAUGCGUCGGACAUAUAAUGCUGUACUCAGAAAGAGUACUUUUCUGGUUGUGCAGGUUGUUGUUAGCGGAGCUCUGCAUUGUAUCUGUAUUUUUGUCCCAGUUUUUGCAUUUCAAGCGUAUGGAUACUACAAUAUUUGUGUGGGAGAUUCUCCUGAAAAACUGAGACCCUGGUGCAAAGCUAGGGUGCCCUUGCUGUACAACUAUAUUCAGAGUCAUUACUGGGGGGUAGGCUUCUUGCGGUAUUUCCAGUUCAAACAGUUGCCAAAUUUUCUACUUGCAUCCCCUGUUUUAUCUCUGGCACUUUGCUCAUUUGUCCAUUAUGCAAAAUCGGUGCCUGAAAAGUUCUUCUCUUUGGGUUUCCGUGCUUCUAUUAAAGAUAAGAAUUCUGCGGCUGUACUUUUUACUCCAGAUGUAGAUCUGCGGUCAAAUCUAACUCAAACUAGAAGGAAAGCCUCUUCUAAGAUACAGGAUAAUAACAAUACUAGACCAAGGAAGCAAAUUAUCAGAGAAGACGUUCCUACUCUUCCCUCAGAAAAUUUUGAAUCAACAGAAACAAUAGGGUACUUGUCCGUGUUUGUUCUUCCGUCUAUUCUACACCUGGGAUUUCUCGCAGCUACAGCAUUCUUUGUCAUGCAUGUGCAGGUUGCUACUCGUUUCUUAUCUUCCAGCCCAUCUCUUUAUUGGUUCGCAUCCUAUUUAAUGAGAUCUCCUAGUAGUCGGAGGUGGGGAUAUAUGAUCUGGGCAUAUUCUGCGGCCUACAUUCUUCUCGGCAGUUUGCUCUUCUCUAACUUCUACCCUUUUACAUGAUAAUAAUAGUAACGAAACUCUCACAAUGUCAAUUCGAUUAGAGCCCGCAUAAAGGGCUGCUUCCACUCUCCACUCUCCUAGUGCAGACCGACUUUGCCUGCUGAAGCAGAAUACUCAAAUGGCGUUGUUCAUUCAAGUCCUUGCCCAAGGAGACUCCUGUGAUGGCUGUAUUAUUUGGCUGUUGGAUAUGUGCUUACAGAGAUUCAAUUCGACUCGAAGCUAUCUUGUUCCAACCACGGAUAUGUAUUCAUACAAUGCAUUUUAACAACAUUGUGGAAACUAAUUCUUUUAUUCCAUUGUAGUAACAUCUCAUUGUGACAAGAUUUAUCCAUGUAAAAUCAUACAUGACCCCAAAUAGGUAUUUAUGGGGCUUUUUGUUUUUGUU